AUGGAAGAAAGGCAUAGACGAGCUAUACAGCAGAACUUUACGUCUCUGGUGGAGCAGACAGACCUGGAUAGGAUGGUAACAGCCUUGUACGAGCGGGGAGUGUUCUCAGAACAGAUGAUUGAACAGUAUAAGGACGUGAGUAAAGAUGCAAGGUACCGCAAACGACUUCUAUACAUGGACGUGACUAGGAGAGGCCCUCAAGCGUUCGGUCACCUGUUGGACGCCUUGUUCGAGGCUGGCCACUGGAGCCUCGUGCGGGACCUGGACCCUCACAGUGCGCUACACAGCCACAGCAGACCUCAGACGGCCAGGCGACCUCUACCAGACACCAGUUCACAUUCGAGCGAAAACAACUUCGUUAGUAUCAGUGCUGAGAAAAAGAAAACGAAGAGUGUCCCAGAGCCGGCUAAAAGUCCGCGGCGCCCCCCGCCCGCCGUCAGCUCGGCCGGCCCCGACGAGGAGGAGCCUGCGGAGAUACCUCAGAUACACGUGGUCAAAUCAACCAAGUUCUACGAGGACGGACACGACAUCAAGCUGUACCGCACGCGCGGCCGCAACCGGGGCGUGCUGGUGGUGUUCACGUACAUCGAGUUCCUCCACAACACGGCCUCGUACCGGCGCGGCGCCGCCGUGGACUGCCAGCGGCUCAAGUACCUGUUCAACGAGCUGGGCUUCAAGGUGCUGUCCUACAUCAACCUGACGGAGAGCGAGACCUGGAGCACGCUGCACUCGCUCAAGAAGGUGGUGGCGGGCGUGGAGAGCGUGUUCAUCGUGGUGUCCUCGCACGGCUACCCGUCCUCGCGCGGCUCCGACAUUGACAUCCGCUGCCACGACGGACGGUUCAUCAGCGUGUUCGAGAUCGUCAACCACUUCAACAACGAGAGGUUCCCCGCGCUCCGGGGCAUCCCCAAGGUCUUCAUAUUCCAGCUCUGCCGCGGCAACAACGAGGGCUUCCUGUACGGCGGCGCGGAGUCGGACGGCACGCCGAGGGGCGCGGGCGGCGGGGCGGGGCCUCCUCGCCUGCUGCCGCCCGAGUCCCCGGGCGGGGGCCGCGCGCCGGACCGCGUCACGUCGGACAUCCUGGUGGCUCACUCCACCAUCCCCGGCAACGUGUCGUUCCGCGACCGGCGGGACGGCUCGUGGUACAUCCAGGCGCUGUGCUCGGUGUUCGCGGCGCGCGCUCACGAUUGUCACGUCGAGAAGCUGUUCACGCUCGUGGACAAGGAGCUCCACAAGAACUUCCACGUGCAGACCUCCGCCGUCGAGAAGUGGGGCUUCAACUGUCGGCUCUACCUGCACCCGGGGCUCGUGGAGACAGACGGGCCCGACCACGGACACGCGACCUAG